AUGAUGAUCGUACCCUACAUCGUACUGGCAGCUGCGGGUGCCAUGGCUGUCAAGGCCACCCCGUUUGAUGAACAAAACGAACAAGAGAUGGAAGAUUAUUUGAACAGUGGUCAACCAUUGUUCGAGACUGGAGCCCCUACAAUGUCUUCUGAGGAUUUUGAAUCGCGAAUCAUGGAUCCGGAAUACUUGGAUUUGAAAGAGGGAAAAUUGCCGAGAACGGCGCUGAUUGAGCUUGCGGCAGGGCAAAAUAAAACUAUCCCACCCAGCUUUGAUGCGCGUGAGAAGUGGCCUGAGUGUAAGUCCAUAAGGCUCGUUCGCAACCAGGCCAAUUGUGGAUCAUGCUGGGCAGUCUCAGUAGCCUCGGUCAUGUCAGAUAGACUGUGUAUUGCUUCCAAUCAAAGUACUCAAACCUUACUAUCUGCUACUGACAUCCUAUCUUGUUGUGAUGAAUGCACUCCACAGCCCUGUGCUGGAUCAAACCCGCUCUAUGCGUGGGCAUACUUACAGUCACAUGGAGUUUGUUCUGGAGGACCGUAUAACAGAAAGAGUGUAUGCAAACCGUAUGUAUUCCGCCCAUGUAGUUACAGCAAGAAAGAGAAAAUGCAUUAUGGACCAUGCAAUUACAAUAGAACUUCGCCAAAACCAAUGUGCCUAAAAAAAUGCUUGCAAGAUUAUAAGAAGUCUUACACUGAAGAUAAAGUAUACGGCAAUUAUUAUAAAGUUUCGGAUGAUGAAAGAGAAAUCCAGAAGGAAAUAAUGACGUAUGGACCUGUUCAAGCUAGUAUGGCAGUGUACGACGAUUUUCACAAGUAUAAGAACGGAAUAUAUUAUCACAAACGUGUAUCUGGCGAAAAGUUAAAGGGCGUUCAUGCCGUCAAGAUCAUUGGCUGGGGAGUAGAAGAAGUCGAAGGUGUCAAUAAUAAAAAAUUCAAUAUGAAGUACUGGCUAAUUUCCAAUUCGUGGGGCGCUGAUUGGGGAGAAGACGGACUCUUCCGCAUUGUUCGCGGUGCAAAGAAAUUUAAUUGUCAAAUUGAAUGGAUGGUCAAUGCCGGUCAUCCGAAAACCCAGUGAAUUCUUUGCUUAACGCACUUUUGAAUAAAUUCUCCUCUAUGCAAACUAAUGGAAAAAUAAGA